UGUUUGUUGAGGAGUGUUGACAUUUAUCGACCGACGUCACCACAUGAGGCCUGAUCCGAUAGUGUCUGACUGAAUAAUCAAUUUUAAUUUGGUUGGUACGUCGAUUGACAGACUUAAUUUAGAUAAUAAGCAGUGCACGUGACGCGCUUUCUUUAGUCGAACGUACGUUCUUAGUCUCAUUUACGUAAUUAAAAUUUUCUUGGUUAUAGCCUUUCUUUCCCGGACCGGCCUGAUAAACCAGCGAAAUGCCGCCAGCAGCUCCUGCCGUUAAAAUCCAACCUAAUGAUGACCCUAUCGGCAUCAGAGCUGUUCUUCUCGGACCUCCAGGAUCCGGGAAAGGCACUCAGGCACCACUCCUCAAAGAAAAGUACUGUGUAUGUCACUUGUCAACUGGAGACAUGCUUCGAGCUGAAGUAGCAUCAGGUUCAGAGUUGGGUCGCAGACUCAAGAAGACCAUGGAUGAAGGCAAACUGGUGUCAGAUGAAAUGGUAGUAGACAUGAUUGACAAGAACCUGGAUCAACCUGACUGUAAGAAUGGUUUCCUACUUGAUGGAUUUCCUAGAACUGUACCUCAAGCUGAAAAGUUGGAUGAUCUGUUGGCUAAACGUAAAACAGCACUGGAUGCUGUCAUUGAGUUUGGGAUUCAGGACAGCUUUCUAGUGCGUAGAAUCACAGGAAGGCUGAUUCAUCCUUCCAGUGGUCGCAGCUACCAUGAGGAGUUUCACCCUCCUAGGAAACCCAUGACUGAUGAUGUAACUGGUGAACCCUUGAUCAGGCGGUCAGAUGACAAUGUUGAUGCUUUGAAAAAACGGCUUGCAACUUAUCAUGCACAAACUGUACCCCUUGUAGACUAUUACAUGAGGAAAGGUCUUCACUGGAGGGUAGAUGCAUCAAACCCUGCUGAACAAGUGUUUAGCAAGAUUGAUAAUAUCUUUAAAAAUAGGAUCUUUUCAAGGCAAAGUGCGGCCCAAUAACUUAGUAUUUAAGUAAAUGUUUUGUACAAAUUUCAUUUCCAUAUUGCAGUUUUAUUCAUGACUGUUCUUUGUUUAGUAAUACUUUUGUAAAACCAAUAUCAUCUAUUUUAGAAACUAUUUUUCUUGAAGAAAUACACUGGACUGGAAUCAUGGAA